AUGAAGAAUGAGUUCUCGGUUAAUAGUGAUGACGUUGAGGAAGUGUGUGUUAGGAUCGAGACUGUGUUGCUUUCGGGUGAUGUGAUUUUGGUCUAG